CCAUCGCCGCUGUCCUACAUGUUAUACAAGCAGCCUCACACUCUCGCUUCCAGAUUAGCCCUGAAGCGGCCGAGUCGUUGGUCACGUCAUACAAACGCCUUCGUAUGAAUGACAGUAACAAUGCAGCAACUUCUUCAUGGAGGAUCACUGUGCGACAGCUUGAAUCCCUCAUACGACUUUCAGAAGCUUUGGCUCGUCUGCAUUGUGCCGCACAGGUCAGUGUGGAGCAUGUAAAUCAAGCUUCGAAGUUGCUCAGCAAGUCGAUAGUGAGUUUUUUUUGCUUUUGUAAAUUCAAUCGAUUCAAGGUUGAUCAUGCUAAGCUGAAGAUUACAUUCGAAAAGUACAAGCAUCUGGCCGAUAUGCUUGUGCUUCAUAUGCGCUCGGAUGAAGAGGCUGUAGCCGAGGAAGAUUAUGAAGGCGUACGACAGGAUGCUUUGAUUGAUUGGUAUUUGGAAAUGAUAGAAGGUGAUUUGGAAACGGAAGAAGAUCUGCACAUCCAACGCACCAUCUGCCAUCGAGUCAUUCGUCGACUUGUCACUGAAGAUCAUGUAUUGAUUGAAAUGGAUUCGGACGAGAAAAACCCCCUCUUGUGCGUACAUCCUAACUACGUCGUCACAGAUCAAUAG